AUGGAUUCAGUCUUAUACAACGCAGCCAAAGAGGGAAAUGUUGAUGUCAUACAAAAAUUUGCUCAGCUUGAAGUCCAAGUGACGCCCAACAAAAACACAGUCCUCCACAUCGCAGCUGAAUUCGGCCAAACACAAUGUGUGAAAGAGAUCUUACAGAAGUAUGGAUCACUGGUUUCGUCUGUGAAUAUCAAAGGUGAGACUUCACUUCACAUUUCAGCAAGGGAAGGACACACUACCACAGUACAAGAACUCAUUGAUUCUACAAAAACAGGCGACGAUCAAGACCUCGAAGGCGGGACUAGAGUUACCAAGACCAAGAAGAUGCUGAGGAUGAGUAAUGUGGAGGGGGAGACGGCCUUAUACGAGGCUGUGCGAAAUAAUCAUCUUGAUGUGGUUAACAUUUUGAUGACGGAAGACCCUGAGUAUUUACAUCCACCCAACAAAGCCAAGGAGAAUCUAAUUUACCUGGCUGCGCAAAGAUGUUAUCUAUCUAUUCUGUCCAAAAUUUUGGAAAAUACCAUUUCAAAAGCUUACAUUUCACAGGCUUACAUUGGUCCAAAUGGACGAACGGCUUUACACGCGGCAACAAUCUCUUAUGACAAAGAAUGCAUAGAAAAAUUAUACGACUGGGAGCCAUCACUAAUCAAGAAAGCAGAUGUAUAUGGAUGGAGUCCACUUCACUAUGCUACAUGGUUUGGUGAUGUAUCAGCAGUUAGACAGCUACUUGAUCUAGAUAAAUCCGUGGCAUACCUUGCUGCAGAAGCAGAUGAUAAUAAGACUGCUCUUCACCUAGCAGCUAGUCAAGGUCAUCUAGAUAUCAUGAAAGUACUUUUUUCAUAUUGUCCAGAUUGCUGGGAGAUGAUUAACAGUAACUGUCAGAAUAUCCUCCACAUUGCAGUGGAGAACGAGAAAAAUGAAACAAUCCAAUUUAUCUUAGAAAAUUCCUUCUCCAACAACCUCAUAAAUCAGAAAGACAUAGAUCGAAACACCCCUCUUCAUUUGCUUUGUGCUAAAUCCGAUUAUCAGAAGUACUGUCUCAAAGAUGAUCGUAGCGAGGAUAGCAAGGCCAAAGUUUUGACUGCCCUCAAAGUAGUAUAUGGUGGCAACCGUGAAAUGUAUCCACAUGAGGUACCAGAAGUGAGUCGCCGAAACAAAUUCAAAUUCAAAAUACACAAAGGAAACGACUCUACUCGAUUGAAUGAGCUGGCUACUAAAAUUGCGGACAACAAUUUGAUAGUAGCUACACUUAUAGCAACCAUGACCUUUGCAGCUGGUUUCACCAUUCCAGGAGGCUAUGAUGGCAACGAUGGGCCAAAUCAAGGUAUGGCAGUUUUAAUAAGACGAGCAGCUUUCAAAGUAUUUGUCUUGACGGAUGCUAUUGCUAUGAUCUUCUCCAUUAAAGCUGUAUUUACCCACAUAUCUGCAUCCACUUAUGAAGACAAAACUAAGUGUGCUAACGGCUAUCGCAACGCUCUUGCAACCCUUGUAUGCGCUAUUGCAGCAAUGGUGGUUGCAUUCAUGACCGGCUUUUAUGUUGUGUUGGCACAUUCACCGGUGCUCGCUAUUAGUGUAAUCCUCAUUUGUUGCCUCUUUCUUGUAAAUGCUUUAAGUUGGUUCAUGCAAGCAUACCUUGCAGUAGCUGAUGACUUUAAAAAUGAGGUAAGGGUGUUUACAUGCAAAACUAUCGAGGUUUUUCGUUGGGCAUUGCGCAGAGCUAUGGAGUUAUUUCUUUUGGGAGGGAUGACGGUAAUCAUCAUUGCAAUAGUGGCUGCUGUCCUUGGCGGCUUUGGAUUUCUUAUUUUUCUGACAAUUAGAAAUCAAAUUAGGCAUAGGAAAUUUUGGUGGUGA